CCAACCUUCUCUCUCUCUCUCUCUCUCUCUCUCUCUCUCUCUCUAUUUCCCGCCGGUGAAGGCUCCGGCGACAUGUUUGAUGGAGAACAUUUUCAGGAAGAUUCUCCGGCGACUAAGAAGAUGAGAUCGGGCUUGUCGCCCAUACUGUUUGAAAAUCUGUUUGGAUAGCUGGAAAUAGGCGGGAGAAGUUCUUGGUAAUUCGGCAGAGACAAUAAUCCCGGAAACCUUAUAAAAGAGAGUUUUGUUUGUUCUCUCACUUCUGAGAUGAUCUGAUUUUCGGUUCUUUUAUUCUGAAAUCUGUGUCUCGAAGUUGGAAGUUUUGGAGUCCGAAGUGUGGCAUGGAUUUUGUUGUCUUGAUUUAAAAAGAAAUAAAUGGAGGUUGAUUGCGUGCAAAAAAUCAAAAUUUGUUUUCUGACUAUUGAGAGCUGAUUAUUUCAAGCUUUUCAGCUUUUUUUUUUUCCCUUUCCUUUUGUUGAACCACUUUAUGAAGAUAAGAUAAUUCUUUGGUUGCGGGGAUUUGGUUGAUUGUGUAAAGGGGGGUAUACUAAAGAUUUGUUAACAUGAUAGAGAAACCAAACAAGGAUUAUUUGAUGGAGAAGGUGGAGAAAAAAGAAGUAAAUACUAAUUUUGAUGUGAGUUCGAAGGGAAGAGUGAAUGAUGGUCGUCGAAGGAUCGGAUCAAGUGAUUCGCUUCUCCCUGGUCUUGUUGAUGAUGUCGCGCUGAAUUGCCUUGCUUGGGCUUGUAGAUCGGAUUACGCCUCUCUAGCGUGCAUUAAUACAAAGUAUAAUAAGUUAAUCAAAAGCGGGUAUCUGUAUGCAUUGAGGAAACAGUUCGGGAUUGUGGAGCAUUGGGUGUAUAUGGUUUCUGAUCCAAGAGGGUGGGAGGCGUUUGAUCUGGUGAGAAAGAAAUGGAUCACAUUGCCUAGGAUGCCUUGUGACGAGUGUUUUAACCACGCGGAUAAAGAGUCUCUGACUGUGGGCAGUCAGUUGUUGGUAUUUGGCCGUGAAAUGUUGGAUUUUGCUAUUUGGAAGUAUAAUUUGGUACAUCGCAGUUGGGUUAAAUGCCAGGGAAUGAACCGCCCUCGCUGUCUUUUUGGCUCUGGCAGCCUUGGUUCAUUUGCCAUUGUAGCAGGAGGGAGUGAUAGGAAUGGCAAUGUAUUGAAGUCGGCAGAGUUGUAUAACACUGAAACGGGUAAGUGGGAAAUGUUGCCGAACAUGCACAACCCGCGUAGAUUGUGCUCGGGGUUCUUCAUGGACGGGAAAUUCUACGUGAUUGGUGGGAUGUCAAGCCCCACUGUUUCGUUGACAUGUGGAGAGGAGUAUGAUCUUGAGACAAGGAAAUGGAGGACAAUAGAGAAUAUGUUUCCACAUGGACCACAUGCCAACAGGGCUUCUCAGGCUCCUCCUCUUGUGGCAGUUGUGAGUAACCAGUUAUAUGCAGUUGAGCAUCUAACGAAUAUGGUGAAGAAGUAUGACAAGGUGAAUAACACUUGGCAUGUUUUGGGAAGGCUUCCAGUGCGAACUGACUCUUCAAAUGGCUGGGGAUUGGCUUUCAAGGCUUGUGGAGAGGAGCUUCUGGUUGUGGGUGGGCAAAGAGGCCCUGAAGGUGAAGGUAUCGUGCUUAACGCUUGGCGGCCUACAUCGGGCGUGAAGGAUGGCACUUUGGAUUGGAAGGUUCAAGGUGUGAAGGAGCAUGCUGGUGUAUUUGUAUACAACUGUGCAGUUAUGGGUUGUUGAAGAUUCUUUUUAGAUUAACACAAAAGAAGGAACCAGUUUCUGCAAUCUGACAUGGCCCUUUUGGGGUUGUAUCCUGUGUAUUGGAUUUGACUAGAAUUUGUAGUUUCUGAAAUAGUGUUUCUCUGGCUGAGAAUUUGGUUUUCAUUUCUCAACGUUCAUGUAUCGAGUCUGUUUCUUUCUUUGUGUCCUAGAUUUGCUUUCAAAGAAAUUAAAAUUGGGGGUCCCUCUUGUAAUCUUCUGCUUUUCUUUGUUAUAUUUAAGUUGCUUCUAACCUACAGCUGAUUUAAUCUUCUAAUAAA